AUGUCGCCAUACUGGAACCCAGCUUGGUAUACUCGUGACCUCGAAGAGAACCUCAUGGUCGUUAAGGCGGUAGCGAAUGGUGCACACAGUCCCUCGGAUGCCUUGCAAAAAUUGGAGGCUUAUUUGAGUGAACUUAAUGAAGAAUUCUUACAAGCACAACAACGUCGAGAUUUGAUGAUGACAGAACUAUCUCGCGCAUGGGAGCAGAUAAUUUACCAGGAAUCGGCCCUAGCAAGCCCGGAUAGUCCCACGAAGGUUCUUUUUCCCCCUGAAAGUGCAGGCGAGCAAAUGCUCCAAACACUCGAGUCAAGUCCUCGUACUGCCCGGAGUGACUAUCCACUGAACAAUCAAUACAACGAGAUGCAAUCCGGAAUUACAAUAGAUCCAUACUGGCACCAGGACAACUCGCCACAAGGACAUCUUCAUGCUGGAAUGGCUGCGCUUUCCUGGGUGCAGACCAAUACUGUCGAAUUCAAUUAUAAUGACCAAGGAUUCUCAGAUAGAGAGCACGGCGAACUAGCAAUGGCACUUGACACCAUGGCUUCAUCAGACUCCCAAGGAACACCUGAGGAUAACCCGACGUCUCAGGCAGACUCAUGCUUUUACGGCUUGGACCAGUCGUCCUUUGUGAACGUUUAUAAUGAAACUGGCUCACAGGACCAGCAAAUACCAGUCCGGCCAGCUAUGCCACGACCGGACUCGGCUGAUUCCGGUUACUUGAGUGUAGACUUUCUGAUCAUGCAAGGAGGAAUACCUCGAUGUCCAUUGCACGUUCACCCUGACGGCACGUCUGUGUUUUGUCCGCAAGGGGGGAUGAGUUGCAUGGGCUAG